AUGGAUUACCUAAUGGAUAAAUAUUUAUUUGAUAAUUUGCCUUUCGAGGUCGCCCCAGAGACUCGAAAAGAUUGGGGACAACGUGCCCUUCAUGUUGUUCAGUUUUUCGAUUGGGUCUGCAAAUAUCAGGAUCCCUGGAAAAUCUAUGAAAAUCACACAUCUUUUCUCUUUGGCGAGCUUCUAUUUUUUCUGUUGGCUGGUUUGACCUUCGCACAUGCAUGGCGUCAUGGAACUCGUCACGUUCUCGUAUGGUUUGGAAUAUUGAUUCACGCUUUGAACGUUGAAAAUCUUUGCUACUGGAUUCCGGAUAUGGAUAAUUUCUGGCAAGCUCAAGGAAUUUUGACAUUCUUCGGAGCCCGCGCGCCACUCUACAUUUUGGUCGGAAUUUAUCACAUGUUUGAUUACACUGCUUUCGUUCUUGCUAGCCGACUUCAUUUGCCAUGGUGGGCUUAUGGUCCGGCAGUUGGUCUUGGCGCUGUGAUGCUUGACAUGCCAUACGAUAUAAUGGGAAUUAAGCUAGUCUGGUGGACAUGGCAUGAUACGGAUCCAAAUAUUUACGAUAGAAUGAACUGGGUUCCAUGGAAUUCCUACUACUUCCACGCUUCUUUCGCUUGCUCGUUUACCUGGCUCCUUCUCGGAUCUCGUCACUAUCUUGUUGGAAAGGAAUACGACUGGAGAAAGCUACCAAGAGAAAUCGCAUGCAUUUUCAUCGCAGGAAUGGGAGCAUUCUGGCUGGGAACUAUUCAAUUCGCUUUGCUCUACCAUCCAGCUCAUGACAUUUUCAAAGUCCACUCGGAAUACACUACUAUUAUUUUCCUUGCAAUUUAUGCGCUGAUUGUCAUUAUUGCUGAUCGUCAUAACAAGAAUCCAAAAGCGAGAACUGGAAAUAAAUAUUGGUUCGACGAGAUGGCUUGCGCUAUUUCGAUCGAAUACAUCUUUUUCAUGAUUGCCGUUCUCAUUUCUGAUCCUUACAAUAUUGUCAGCGAAGGUCUUCAUCAACCAAUUGGGCCGUGCAAUGAAACGCAAAAAGUUCAGACUCCAACAGGACUUGUAUUGCAGAAGCAGAAAUACUUCUGCCCGGAGAACUACGAUGAAAAGUAUAUUGAUUUCCAUUGCGUUCCAAAUGGCGUCCCAAAGCCGCAAGAUGGCCAAAUAACACUCGAAUGGUAUCCGGUGUGUGGAACUGAUUAUGACAACCGAGCUGAAUACGUUUUCCUCAUUUGGGGAAUCUGCAUUCUUUACUCUCUUUUAUGGUACCAGAUUGCCGCGAGAUCAGGAGAAACGCAAGUUGAUCCAGUGAAGGUAUUCCGUAAGAAGACUGUGAAAACCUCGGAGACCCAAGAGCUUUUGACCGAAAACGAAUUGACAAAAACUCCAAAAGGACCAAAAACAUCGACACCAGUGGAAAGCAAGAAAAAGGAUGUGACUCCAGAACUAAGUCGUUCGGUUAUCGAAAGACUGUUUCCAUCCCCUAUCCGUUCAAACAUCGAGACAACGUUGCCGCGAAUCUUCGACCGUACACCAGCUAAUAUUGUUCACAGUAGCCUUCAUUUUCGUGAAGAAAUUGUGAGUACUACGAUGGAGCGCAGCCAACAGAAUGACACCAGAAACACGGAGAAACGUUUGAUUCAAGACACUCCAGCUCGAAACCUCAGGAAACGCCCAGUCAUUAACUAUGCUAUAAUCACGCGAUAUUAG